UUCUCGCGACAACUGCGGAGCUGGCGCAGUUGUCGCGAGAAGAGGCGGACGGUCGUACCUUGUCGCCGGCACGUGUUUCGUCAGGUAUUCUUGCUUCUACCUGGCCCGAGGUCGUCCAGCCCGGGCAGGCGUCUCUCCUCACGGUCUGGUUCGCCUCCUUGCCCGGGUCCGGGGCCCGUGAGGAGCCGAGCGCCUAGGGGUGCUGCGCCAUGGGAAAGUCCAAGUCGGCCGGAGCCAGAAGGAAGCCCCCCGGGGCCCAGGCUGGGGCGCGGGGAGUCAAGGCGAAGCCCAACCCCAACCCCUUCGAGGUGAAAGUCAACAAGCAGAAGUUCCAGAUCCUGGGCAGGAAGACGCGCCACGACGUGGGGCUGCCCGGCGUGUCCCGCGCGCGGGCCAUCAAGAAGCGUACCCAGACAUUACUAAAAGAGUAUAAAGACAGGAAUAAGUCCAAUGUGUUCAAAGAUAAGCGCUUCGGGGAAUACAACAGCAACUUAAGCCCCGAGGAGAAGAUGAUGAAGAGGUUUGCGCUGGAGCAACAGCGACAUCAUGAAAAAAAGAGCAUCUACAACCUAAACGAAGACGAAGAGUUAACGCAUUAUGGCCAGUCGUUGGCAGACAUUGAAAAGCUAAAUGACAUUGUGGACAGCGACAGUGACACUGAGGAGCGCGGAACGCUGUCUGCCGAGUUGACUGCUGCCCAUUUCGGAGGGGGCGGUGGGCUCCUUAACAAGACUGCUUCACAGCAAAGUGAGGAGGGGGACAAAGCAAAGUCACGCAAAGAACUGAUCGAGGAGCUGAUUGCCAAGUCAAAGCAGGAGAAGAGGGAGAGGCAGGCUCAACGGGAGAACGCCCUGGAGCUUACAGAGAAGCUCGACCAGGAUUGGAAAGAAAUCCAGACUCUCUUACCACAUAAAACACCCAAGUCAGAGAACAAAGAGAAGAAGGAGAAACCCAAGCCUGAUGCAUAUGACGUGAUGGUUCGUGAGCUCGGCUUUGAGAUGAAGGCACAGCCCUCGGACAGGAUGAAGACGGAGGAGGAGCUGGCCAAGGAGGAGCAAGAGCGGCUCAAGAAGCUGGAGGCUGAAAGGCUUCGAAGAAUGUUUGGAAAAGAUGAGGAUGAGAAUACUAAGAAACCGAAACACAUGUCAGCAGACGACUUGAGUGAUGGUUUCAUACUGGACAGAGAUGACCGGCGUUUGCUGUCUUACAAAGAUGGAAAGAUGAACAUAGAGGAGGAUGUCAAAGAAGAGGGAAGCAGGGAAGCCGGCAGCAGUGAGAGCGAAGGGGAAGAGGAGCAAGAUUCGAGCGGGGAGGACAUGGAGCAGAGCGAUGGCCCGGAGAGCCACUCGGACCUGGACUCCAAUGUGGAGAGUGAGGAAGACAGCGAGAGCCCAAAGAAGGGGCAGCUUCAGACUCCCGGGAAGAGACGCGCAGGCAGUGACCAGAACACUCGCGCCACUGCCAGAGCCGAGCUGCCCUACACAUUUGCAGCUCCUGAGUCCUACGAGGAACUGAAAUCGUUGUUAUCCAGAAGAUCUGUGAACGAGCAGCUGCUGGUGGUGGAGAGGAUUCAGAAAUGCAACCAUCCCAGCCUGGCAGAGGGAAACAAAGCCAAGUUAGAAAAGCUGUUCGGCUUCCUUUUGGAAUACAUCGGGGAUUUGGCUACAGGGGACCCACCAGACCUCGAAGUGAUCGACAAGUUGGUCGUGCAGCUGUAUAACCUCUGCCAGCUGUUUCCGGAAGCUGCGAGCGACGCUGUGAGGUUUGUUCUCCGCGACGCCAUGCACGAGAUGGAGGCGGUGUUGGAAACCAAGGGCCGUGCCGCCUUUCCGGGCCUGGAUGUGCUCAUUUAUUUGAAGAUCGCGGGGAUACUGUUUCCAACUUCUGACUUCUGGCAUCCGGUGGUGACCCCUGCGCUGGUGUGCAUGAGCCAGCUGCUCACGAAGUGCCCCGUGCUCUCCCUCCAGGACGUGGUCAAGGGGCUCUUCGUAUGCUGCCUGUUUCUGGAGUACGUGUCUCUGUCCCAGAGGUUCGUGCCCGAGCUCGUUAACUUCCUCCUUGGGAUCCUUCACAUUGCAGCACCAAACAAGCCCGCUCUGGCACCUGGCAUUGACCACCCACCUCAGCACCGUUUCCACAUCUGCCUUCACCCACAGGACCCAAGCUCGUUGAAUAGGCACCCCCAGUGCCUAGCAUGGCCCAGAGACACCGUACAGAGUUACGCCCUGGUGCACCCUUUCAGAGCGCACGGGAAGAACUCGGAACUGCUCUUGGUUUCCAACAGAGAGGAUGCAGCCACUUGGCAGAGGAGACGCCUGCCCCUGCACUGGGCCAGCGGACCGAAAGCCCAGACUGAGACAGAGACAAACCACACGAGGCUGUCCUGCCUGGCCGUGUGUCUGGCCCUCGUGAAGCGCUGCGUGCUGCUGUACGGUGCCCUGCCGUCCUUCCGGGACAUCAUGAAGCCCCUGCAAGUGGCGCUGAUGGAGCACCUGACUGACUGCAACCACCCCCAGGACCUCCAGGAGCUGUGUCAGAGCACCCUGGCAGACGUGGAGAACCAGAAGCAGUGCUACCGGCCACUGGUGUGUGAGAAGAGCAAGCCAGUUCCCCUGAAACUCUUCACCCCCCGGCUGGUCAAAGUCCUGGAGUUUGGCCGGAAGCAGGGCAGCACCAAGGAGGAGCAGGAGCGGAGGCGGCUGAUUCACAAGCACAGACGGGAGUUCAAGGGGGCCGUGCGGGAGAUCCGCAAGGACAACCAGUUCCUGGCCCGGAUGCAGCUCUCAGAGACCAUGGAGCGGGACGCAGAAAGGAAGCGAAAAGUGAAGCAGCUGUUCAACAGCCUGGCGACGCAGGAGGGCGAAUGGAAGGCCCUGAAGAGGAAGAAGUUCAAGAAAUGAAUGAGGGUGCAGUGGUCGCAGGGUGAGCGGCCUACACGCAGCGCCUGGCCAGGCGUGUGCAGGGACUCUGAGGUCACUUCCUGAGCUGCGGACACUAUUCCCUGACAGCUGUUGUUAGUCAGCCAGAAGCCGUUCAUGUUCACGGUGUGCAGGGACUCGCUCCAAGGUCACUUGUGAAGCUGCAGGCACUGCUGCGUCAGCUCUGUUAAUAAACUAAAAAUAGCUUUC